CCCACCCACCUUUCCCCUCCUUCCCUCCCUCCCCCACGCUCCGCGCCCGCCCCGCGGCCCGCGUCCGGUCCGACGCCGCCGCACGACUCCGCCCCAGCGCCCCUCCUCGCCGGGGGACGUCGCGCCACGUCGCGUCGGGGAGGCCUCGCUCGGGGGGAGGGCUUCGGUCGGUUGGCCGGUGCGGCCGCAGGGGAGGAGUACGGGGGGAGCUUGAUCUAGGGCUCCUUCCCCCUGCGGCGGCGGGAUGUACGUGCCGCCGCUUCCCGGCGACGCUGGUGGCCGCGGCGAUGCGGCCGCCGGCGAGCAGCCUAGGGUUUACCAGGUCUGGCGGGGAAGCAACGAAUUCUUCUUGCAGGGAAGAUUCAUAUUUGGGCCUGAUGUGAGAUCUGUGUUUCUCACUAUGUUCCUCAUUAUUGCACCUGUGGUUGCCUUUUGUGUGUUUGUUGCAAGGCAUCUCAUGAAUGAUUUUCCCGAUAGCUGGGGCAUCUCAGUGAUGAUAGUGGUGGUUGUCUUCACCGUCUAUGAUUUGACGCUGCUUCUUUGUACCUCUGGUAGAGAUCCUGGUAUAAUACCUCGUAAUACUCAUCCUCCUGAACCUGAAUCCAUUGAUGGGGUCAAUGAAUCUGGAGGUCAGACUCCACAACAAUUUCGUUUGCCUCGUACAAGGGAAGUUAUUGUAAAUGGAAUCAGUGUAAGGGUCAAAUACUGUGAUACCUGCAUGCUGUACCGACCACCUCGGUGCUCACACUGUUCUAUUUGCAAUAACUGUGUGGAACGUUUUGAUCAUCACUGCCCGUGGGUUGGCCAGUGCAUAGGACUGCGUAAUUAUCGGUUCUUCUACAUGUUUGUAUUCUCGACCACAUUACUCUGCCUGUAUGUAUUUGCCUUCUGUUGGGUGUAUGUGAUCAAGAUUAGAAAUGCUGAACAUUUGUCAAUUUGGAAGGCCUUGGCGAAGACACCAGCUUCAAUUGUUCUGAUUAUCUACUGCUUUCUUUGUGUAUGGUUUGUUGGUGGUCUGUCUGUCUUCCAUUUAUAUCUGAUGAGCACCAACCAGACAACAUAUGAGAACUUCAGGUAUCGCUAUGAUCGGCGCGAUAACCCAUAUAACAGAGGUAUUCUGAACAACUUCCUAGAGAUAUUCUGCACUGCUAUUCCCCCUUCCAAGAACAAUUUCCGGGCAAGGGUCACAGUAGAGCAAGGGUUGCAACAAACGCGCUCACAGUCUAGAGGUUUCAUGAGCCCCAACAUGGGGAAGCCUAUUGGAGAUCUCGAAAUGGGCAGGAAGCCAGUGCCUUGGGACGAGCCAAGGACAGCAGCUGACAUCAGGGACUUGGAAGCAGGCCUUGGUGGCAUGUUUGAGGAGAAAGAGGGCAGAAUAGCCCAUGCAUCCCCAGAUAUGAGCAGAGAUGAACUUCCAGUAGAGUUUGUGGAUGGCCGAGCUGGCAUGCAUUCGAGGGAGUCAAGUUGGGUUCGCAGAGGCACAGACGAAUUUGAAGCCUCCAUGGCUGCCUUUGGUUUGGAAGCUGACGGUGGCAACAGCGUUGCCCGGACUGGCACACAUUAGCCCAAAAAACUGAAAAAAAAAACUACGGUGUGUUUCAGUUGUGCGUCGAGUGGGUGUUUAUUGAUCAUGUCUCAAAGCGAACUGCCAUGUGUUAUCCACGUGUGCCAGGUAACGCCCUGGAUCAGUGUAAUUGUAAGCACGCUUGCUGCUGUGUGUCUCAUCCCCUGGUAGCGCAUCGGAGCCCAGCUGCUGUUGUUUGUUUGGUGUUUUAAGAAAGUAGCCGACGAGCUUAAGCUCCCGCCCGGUUCGGAUGAUGUGUAUCUGUAUAUAACUAAAAUUAUCAGGUUGCAACAAAUGCUGUGUUUGGUUUGCCA